AUGGAUCUGUACAACAUUAUCAAACAACUGGGAAAAGGAACAUUUGGAACAAUCCAUUUGUGUGAGAGGAAACAUAAUCAGCAAAAAAUUGUUGUAAAACAAAUUAAUACAGAUUUACAAGGAGACCAACUCCAGGCAGCCAAAAAUGAAGUGACCAUAUUGAAAUCGUUAAAUCACCCGAAUAUUAUUCAAUAUUAUGACAGCUUCAUAAAAAGUGGAACUUUCUACAUAGUUAUGGAGUACGCUUGUAAAGGAAGUUUGUAUGAAUUGAUUUACAGCACCAGGCCUAAUCAUUUUUCUGCACAACAUGUAAUGAAUCUAUUUUGUCAAAUAUUAAUGGGCUUGGAUCACAUUCAUGAAAAAAAAGUAAUUCAUCGAGAUUUAAAAUGUGAAAAUAUUUUUCUAACAGGGCUGAAAGGUGAUGUUAUCAAAAUAGGGGAUUUUGGAAUUUCUAAAACACUUUUAAACAACAAUAUGGCAAAUACAAUAAUUGGUACAUGCAAUUACUUGGCUCCAGAGUUAUGUGACGGAAAACCAUACAAUAGUAAAUCAGACAUAUGGUCCCUUGGAUGUAUUUUGUAUGAAUUAUGUGCAAUGGAAAAAAUGUUUGAUGGAACGGUGUCAAACGUUGUCCUGUCAAUUGCCAGUGGAAGAAAGAAAAUAGUUAAUACAAAAAAAUAUGGUCAACAAAUGCAGGAAAUAAUCGAUUUGAUGUUGCAAAUCAAUCCUGAUGAUAGACCAGACACAAAAAAAUUAAUUGCACUUCCAGAUGUAUUUCCGACUUUGUUUGUUUUAGGUACUAACUUAGGUUGUUUAGACUGAGUAGAUUUUGUACAUUUUUGUAACUGUUUUUAUUUUUAA